GGCUCCGCCAAGAAGUCUCGGGAAAGAUAUCUUCAACUUAAAUCCUCGAAAUUUUGGAUAAUUCAUUCUCACUUACAUGAAAUAUAUUUAAAACCUGAGUUAUGUCGUUCCAGAAGACUAUGCGCCAGUUUCUGCUUCUUUUUCCAUUCACGACUGCUCUUGCUAAUAUAGUGCAGUCCCGUCUCGAGUCGCAGACAUGCGCGGUACCUAACCCACUAUUCAUAUUUGACACUCAGAUGUGUAUAUCUUCUGAGGCUUUUCCUACCGAGCAUGGCAGCCCACUUGGUGAAUCAUCAUCGUCACUAAAAGCCUGGAAAUCGGGUGGUCUUUGUCGCGGUGCUAGGGCUGAUAAGUUCUGUGUCUUCACUAACGAAGUGUUCAACCGGGGUGAAGGCGUCUCAGUGAUCACUACCUCAAAGAGUAUCACGACUAUUUCAACACGGCCGGCUUUCCUCACGGACGAGCCCGAGGAAAUCGGUUCAAAAUCAGAAUUGGCCAUCCCCUACCGUGAAGUAGAAAUACCAGGUAAAGAUAUCGGUCUGGUAGCAACAAGGGCGAUACGAGCAGGAGAGCUCAUAAUGGCACAAACGCCUUCUAUAAUGAUAAACGAAAAAGCAAUCAAUUCUCUAGGAAAGAAAGUUGUAUCAGAACUCCUUGUUCGCGCUGUUGAGAAUCUCCCUUCUCACCACAGAGAAAGUCUACUUAAGUUGUCAACGCAUAGCAGUACAAGCGACUACGGGGAUAAAAUUUAUAAAAUUCUCCAAACAAAUUCAUUCCGAACAGGUUACCACGAUGGGAUCAAUCCAUUUUACUCUCUAUUCACUGAAGUAUCGCGACUCAAUCACGACUGUCGGCCCACGUGCGCCUACUAUUUCGACCACAGAGAUUUCCAUCAUAAAGUAUUAGCUGUGAGGGAUGUUAUGGAGGGUGAGGAACUCACGAUAGCCUAUUAUGACCCCCUUCAAUCGCACUCGACGAGGCAAGAGAAAUUACAAAAAGAAUGGGGAUUCAAGUGUUCAUGUCAAAGGUGCAGUGCCAAUGCGACGGCGAUAGCUGAAUCGGAUCGUAGAGUUUCUCAAAUACAUGCUCUAUGGAAAGAGUUGGAUGACCACUCGGCAUCAUCAAAAGGAUCUUCGAAAAAAGCGGAACUUUUGGUAUCGUUAUACGAAGAAGAGGGGAUCUUAGGCCGGUUAAACGAAGCCUAUUACCGAGCGGCAAUCGAAUAUAUCGGGGUUGGCGACGCUGAAAUGGCAAUUAAAUAUGCUGCCCUGUGCAUCGAAAAUGGUCUGCUAUUUGUAGGACCCGAUCGUCCUUUUAUUAAGAACAUGCAAGAACUCAUUGCGAAUCCAACGGGGCAUGCUAAAUGGAAGUUCCGCCUGAGGGCUAAUUAAAUAAUUGUUAAGAGUUAUAGGUUAAAUAUACAAUAUUACAAUAUAAUACUGGUUUGACGCAAGCAGCAUUUAUUUUGAGUACUCUUUAUUUUCAUAAGGC